GUUAUUUUCACUUCCGGAGGCCACAGCUGGCCCUGCCUACUUCUUGCACUCAGCCGUCCCUCCUUGAGUGCUCUCUUCCUGUCAGCACCAAACCGCCUCCGCGCUGCCAACUUCUCCUCGGCUUCACCUAAAGACAGUCAUUUGCCACCAUCACCAUGUCCUCUGGAAAUGCUCAGAUAGGCAAACCUGCCCCAAACUUCAAAGCCACAGCUGUAGUGGAUGGACAGUUCAAGGACAUCCAGCUGUCGGACUACAAAGGGAAGUAUGUGAUCUUUUUCUUCUACCCCCUGGACUUCACAUUUGUGUGUCCCACUGAGAUCGUGGCUUUCAGCGACAGGGCAGAGGAGUUCCGCAAAAUCGGCUGCGAGGUUAUCGGCUGCUCCGUUGACUCUCACUUCAGUCACUUGGCAUGGAUCAACACCCCAAGGAAGCAGGGAGGUCUGGGUAGCAUGAAAAUCCCCCUUGUGGCAGACCUCACCAAGACAAUCUCCAGAGACUACGGUGUGCUUAAGGAGGAUGACGGCAUCGCAUACAGGGGUCUGUUUGUGAUUGACGACAAGGGCAUCUUGAGGCAGAUCACCAUCAAUGACUUGCCUGUGGGCCGCUCUGUAGAUGAGACCCUGCGCCUGGUCCAGGCCUUCCAGCACACUGACAAACAUGGAGAGGUGUGCCCUGCUGGCUGGAAACCCGGAAGCGACACCAUCAUUCCCGACGUCGAGAAGAGCAAAACCUUCUUCUCCAAGCAGUAAACUUGAAGGUCUCCUAGCCGACUUUCUAACCAUCGCACUUGUCUUCAGAUGAGAGGUGUCCCUGUGAAGCAGUAUCUCAUGGCGUCCAAUCUAUGUAUUAAACCCAACUAAAUUUAAAAACUUGUUUUGAUAAAUCUUUUGUUGCCAAUCUUUAUCUUUGUACGUCCAGUGUACACUUGGUGGUAGGUGACCUCAUAGUCUCAAGCACUGAAACUAUAGUUCCUUUUUCAGAAAAUAAGUAUUAAUAUUUUUCCUUGCUGCAAUUUAUUGAUUUGCUACCAUCUUUAUUAAAACAGUGGGGAAAAAAUUGUGA